UCUCUCUCUGCUCCAAUGGAAUUGGGCAGCAUUCUUGAGUUCUUAGAAAACAGGUCCAUUCUUGUAACUGGAGCCACUGGUUUUCUGGCAAAGAGUACUGUCUCUCUCUCUCUCUCUCUNCAACCAAACGUGAAGAAGCUUUAUCUUCUUCUAAGAGCUUCAGACACUAAUUCAGCCAUGCUACGUUUCAACACCGAGAUAAUAGGGAAGGAUUUGUUCAGGGUUCUGAAAGAGAAAUAUGGGGGAGAUAAUAAUUAUUAUUUUAAUUCAUUUAUAUCAGAAAAAAUAAGAGUUGUUGCUGGAGAUAUUACACGUCACCAUUUGGGAAUCAUCAAUGAUGAUAAUAAUUUACUCCAAGAGAUGUGGCAUCAAAUUGAUGUUGUUGUUAAUUUAGCUGCAACCACCAACUUCGACGAAAGAUACGAUGUGUCACUUGCGUUAAAUACUCUCGGAGCUAAACGUGUUUUCGAUUUCUGUAAGAAAUGUAACAGAUUAAAGGUGUUUCUUCACGUAUCAACUGCUUAUGUAUCUGGUGAAAAGGAGGGACUAAUAUUGGAAAGGCCAUAUAAGAUGGGGGAGACACUGAAUGGGACACGUGGACUAGACAUUGAUGAAGAGAACCAAUUGGUAGAUGCCACGUUGACACAUCUAAAUCAGAACAAUUAUUCACAGGAACACAUUAAAUCAUCCAUGAAAGACUUGGGAAUUCAAAGAGCAAGAAAGUAUGGAUGGCCAAAUACAUAUGUUUUCACAAAGGCAAUGGGAGAGAUGCUGUUAGGGCAGUUGGUCAAAGAAGAUCAGACAGUGCCACUUGUCAUCAUCAGACCCACCAUAGUAACUAGUACUUACAGAGAACCUUUCCCUGGUUGGGUUGAAGGCCUCAGAACUAUCGAUAGCUUAGCCGUCGGAUAUGGCAAAGGAAAAAUUACAUGCUUCCUUGGCGAUCCCAAGUCUAUCGUCGAUGUUAUACCGGCGGACAUGGUGGUGAAUGCGAUGAUUGUAGCCAUGGUGGCGCAUGCAGAUCAACGUUAUAAUAAUAAAGACAAUAUUAUUUACCACGUAGGAUCUUCUGUCUCGAACCCAAUCGAGUUCAAAUGUCUUCAGGAUUAUGGAAUAAGAUACUUCGCCAAAAAACCUUGGAUCGACAAAAAUGGAAACCCUGUAAUCGUUGGCCACGUCACUGUGCUUACUUCAAUGGCUACUUUCCAACGAUACAUGACUCUUCGUUACUUUCUCCCUCUAAAGGGACUGGAAAUAGCAAACACGGUGUGCUGCAAGUAUUUCCAGGCGGUUUAUCUUGAGUUGAGCAGAAAGAUCAAGUUCGUGAUGCGUCUGGUCGAACUUUACGCACCUUACUUGUUCUUCAAAGGAUUCUACGAUGAUACGAACGCAGAGAAACUGAGAACGGCAGCGAACGAGAGUGGCAUCGAAAAUGAGACAAAUAUAUUCUAUUUCGAUGCCAAGAUCAUUAACUGGGACGAUUAUUUCACGAACACUCAUAUUCCCGGAAUAGUAAAACACGUUUUCAAGAAUAAUUAA